AUAGCCGGAAUUGAACGAGGCUAUGCGAAGCGCAGUAGGUUUCAAAGCAGCAGGCAAGUGAAAGUUAAAAGACACCAAGAACAAACGAUUCCCAGUUCGCAGAGUGGAGUACUCUCUAGUGGUUUGUGGGCGUACCUUAACCACCCGGACAUCAACAACUCUCCCGCCCAUCCACAUCCCUUUCUCCUCCUCCCAUCCCCUCGCAUCACACGCCCUGCUGAAAAAAGGACAUUCUAUGCGUGUGCAUGCUGCACCAUCAGUACGUUGUUGUGGGUUGUGGAGCCGCGCCACCGCGUUGUGAAAACAUAGAUCGGUCCCAUUAGGGUCGAGUGAGAGUGCGCGGGCGCUCGGCUGUGUGUGUGUGUGUCGUGUGUGAGAGUGUGGGCUCGGCAGCAAUCAGCGACGCGAAGUGCAUAACAGUGAGGCAAGCAUGUCGGGGGUACGGGAGAUACCGGCGGAGGACAGCAUCAAGGUGGUGUGCCGUUUCCGGCCACUGAACGACAGCGAGGAGCUAGCGGGGUCAAAGUUCGUCGUCAAGUUCCCGUCCGGCCCGGAGGAAAACUGUCUCUCGAUCGGGGGCAAGGUGUAUCUGUUCGACAAAGUAUUCAAACCGAACGCAACACAGGAGAAGGUGUACAAUGAGGCGGCCAAGUCGAUCGUGUCAGACGUGUUGGCCGGCUACAACGGUACGAUCUUCGCGUACGGCCAGACAUCGUCUGGCAAGACACACACGAUGGAGGGCGUCAUCGGCGACCCGGCCAAGCAGGGUAUCAUCCCGCGCAUCGUGAACGACAUCUUCAACCACAUCUACACGAUGGAGAUGAACAUCGAGUUCCACAUCAAGGUGUCGUACUACGAAAUCUACAUGGACAAGAUCCGGGACCUGCUGGACGUGUCGAAGGUGAACCUGAGCGUGCACGAGGACAAGAACCGGGUGCCGUACGUGAAGGGCGCCUCCGAGCGCUUCGUCUCGAGCCCGGAGGAGGUGUUCGAGGUGAUCGAGGAGGGCAAGUCGAACCGGCACAUCGCGGUGACGAACAUGAACGAGCACUCGUCCCGAUCGCACUCGGUCUUCCUGAUCAACGUCAAGCAGGAGAACAUGGAGAACGAGAAGAAGCUGUCCGGCAAGCUGUACCUGGUCGAUCUGGCCGGUUCGGAAAAGGUGUCCAAAACCGGCGCUGAGGGCACGGUACUGGACGAGGCGAAGAACAUUAACAAGUCGCUGUCGGCGCUGGGCAACGUGAUCUCCGCCCUGGCCGACGGCAACAAGACGCACAUCCCGUACCGUGACUCGAAGCUGACGCGUAUCCUGCAGGAGUCGCUCGGUGGUAACGCACGCACCACCAUCGUCAUCUGCUGCUCGCCCGCCAGCUUCAACGAGUCCGAGACCAAGUCGACGCUCGAUUUCGGUCGCAGAGCGAAGACAGUCAAGAACGUCGUGUGCGUGAACGAGGAGCUGACGGCUGAGGAGUGGAAGCGGCGGUACGAGCGAGAAAAGGAAAAGAACAACAAGCUGAAGGGUAAGAUUGAGAAGCUGGAGGCCGAGCUGGCCCGGUGGCGCGCGGGUGAAACGGUCAACGUGGAGGAGCAGCUCGAUCUGCAACAGGACACGAUGGAGGCGAGCACGCCGAACGUUGAGGUGCUACUGGCGCAACCGGCCGACCUGCCGGUACCGGCGACACCGGGCGGCGGCGGGCUGCCGCUGUCGGCCGAGCGUGACACGCUCGAGGUGGAGCGCGAGCGACUGUACCAGCAGCUGGACGAGAAGGACGAGGAAAUCAACCAGCAGUCGCAGUACGUGGAGAAACUGAAGGAGCAGAUCAUCGAGCAGGAGGAGCUGAUCGCGAACACGCGCCGCGACUACGAGAACCUCCAGUCGGAGAUGACACGUAUCCAGCAGGAAAACGAAAACGCCAAGGAGGAGGUGAAGGAGGUCCUGCAGGCGCUCGAGGAGCUCGCGGUCAACUACGACCAGAAGUCGCAGGAGAUCGAGCUGAAGAACAAGGAGAUCGACACGGUGAACGACGAGCUGCUGCAGAAGCAGACCACGCUCAACAGCGUUCAGUCGGAGCUGCAGCAGCUGAAGGACAUGUCGUCGCACCAGAAGAAGCGCAUCAACGAGAUGUUGACCAACCUGCUGCGCGACCUAUCCGAGGUCGGGCAGGCGCUGGCUGCCGACCAGAACGAGAUGAAGAUGAACGUGGAGGCGUCGGCGGGCAAGGUCGAGGAGGAGUUCACCGUCGCGCGGCUCUACAUCAGCAAGAUGAAGUCGGAGGCGAAGAAUCUGUCGGCGCGGUGCGCGAACCUCGAGUCGCUGCAGCAGGACACAUGCAAGAAGGUGGGCGACCAGGAGAAGGACCUAAGCGAGUGCCGGCUACUGGUCUCGCAGCAGGAGGCGCGCAUCAAGUCGCUGCAGGAGUCGAUGCGCGAGGCGGAGAACAAGAAGCGCACGCUCGAGGAGAACAUCGACGCGCUGAGGGAGGAGUGCGCCAAGCUGAAGGCGGCCGAGCAGGUGUCGGCGGUGAACGCGGAGGAAAAGCAGCGCGCCGACCAGCUGAAGGCGGCCUUCGAGAGCCAGAUGGACCAGCUGCGCGACGUCCACACCAAGCAGGUGUCCGCGCUGCGCGACGAGAUUUCCGAGAAACAGGAGCUAAUCAACGAGAUCAAGGACACGAACCAGAAGCUGACGCUGGCCCACCAGCAGAUGACGGCCGACUUCGAGAAGCUCAAGCAAGAGGAGCAGGAAAAGUCUGCCAAGCUGCAGACGCUAAUGUUGACGGACGAACGCCGCGAGCAGGCACGCAAGGAUCUCAAGGGCCUGGAGGAUACGGUGGCAAAGGAGCUGCAGUCGCUGCACGCACUGCGCAAACUGUUCGUCCUAGAUUUGCAGGCGCGUAUCAAAAAAUCACUCAACUCGGAGGACACCGAGGACGAUGGCGGUUCGCUGGCACAGAAGCAAAAGAUUUCCUUCCUCGAGAACAACCUCGAGCAGCUGACCAAGGUGCACAAGCAGCUGGUGCGGGAUAAUGCCGACCUGCGGUGCGAGCUGCCGAAGCUGGAAAAGCGUCUGCGAACCACCGUGGAGCGCGUGAAGGCCCUCGAGACGGCGCUGAAGGAGGCGAAGGAGGGCGCGAUGCGCGACCGAAAGCGUUACCAGUACGAAGUGGACCGCAUCAAGGAGGCUGUGCGGCAGAAGAACCUGGCACGCCGAGGCCCGCAAGCACAAAUCGCUAAGCCUAUCCGAGCCGGCCAGGGACAGUAUCUGUUCAAGAGCGGUGGCAACGCGGGUGCUACGACUACACCAGGCAGCACCGCCAUCACACCGAAAUCACUGGCAGACGAGAAGCGGAAGUCCCAGAUCAAGGAUAUGGAUAGUUGAAUUAAUUGAUCAUCAGAGAGCGAUUCUACUACUACUAUUUUACAUCUGCAAAAUAAACAAGAAGAUCGGGAGGCGAUUAUUAGCUGAAUAUUGAUAUACAAAUUCCGGAUAAACUUUUACAGAGAGCAGUAAAAAGAAAAUAUAACCUCUCGCAGACACACACGCACCACACACACAUACGAUUAUGCACAUGCAGAUCUUUUGAGCCGACAAUCCACACAGAAGAAAUGAUUCCCAAAGGCUUCGAUGGAAGGAAGAAGCUAACGCAAGUGAUUUUUCUUUAUGCAGCCUCAAGAGUAACUGGUGCUGGUAGAUUUUCAUCGGAGCAAGGACAGACGGUAGCAAAAGAACUGAUUCGUGUCGUGAGGAAAGUUACAUGUCGGCUGCAAGUGCGAACGUUAGUUAAGCUUAAAGUGAAAAGUUAACUAUUAUAAAUAUUAAUAUUAUGAUUAUGCUAACUAUUGUAAUUUGCUAUUGUUUUUUUUUUUGCAAUAAUGCUUAACGUAACAUAUGAUGCGCAAUAUUACGACGGGAUUCAGGCAAUUUAUAAUUGAAAUCGUUUGGCAUAAAUAUGAAGCGCUAGCAAUCAAAUACACUCUAAGUAACAAAACAACCCAUUCAGUUCCUCCUUCGCUCUUUGUCGAAUUGCAGGUGCAAGGCAGAAUCACUAAACAUACUGUUAACACACUCCCUGCCGUGAAUCGUACGUUUCCGCUUGGAUCGGACGGCGUUAAUCACGAACAUUCAUUACUUUACGGGCUAGAGUAGGCACGUUAUCCUUAAAACACAAUAGAUUGAAACGCUCGUAAUAUAUGUGCAAAACAUUACCUUUCCCAGGUUAUUAAUAACAAUACCAGUUCUAUUUUUCGUUAUUUAUCAAAAAAAAAAAAAAUUUCGUCAACUCCUAAUCGAUUUUAAUCAGAACAAAAGCAAAUUAAAAGAAA